CUAAGGCCCAUGUCAGUCCAAGUGUACAAUACUCUUCAACGAACCCGGUCCUAACAACCUCUGUUCUGUCCGUCCGGGAGUUGACUGUUGUGCUCAGACGAAGACGAAGAAACAAAGAAAAUAAGUACAGAUCAUGGCGACGGGGGAGAAGUCGGUGAUGGUGGUCGGAAUCGACGACAGCGAGCACAGCUUCUAUGCCUUGCAGUGGACAUUGGAUCACUUCUUUACUCCUUCACCAGCAGUCUCUCCAUUCAGGCUCGUCAUCGUCCAUGCCAAGCCUACUCCUUCUUCUGCCAUCGGCCUCGCCGGCCCUGGUGCGGCUGAUGUGUUGCCGUACGUGGAUGUGGAUUUAAAGAAGAUAGCGGCCAGAGUUCUGGAGAGUGCCAAGGAGAUUUGUUCUGCUAAAUCGGUGAAUGAUGUAGCUGUGGAAGCUGUCGAAGGUGAUGCCAGGAACGUUCUUUGUGAAGCUGUGGAGAAACACCAUGCCUCUAUCUUGGUCCUUGGCAGUCAUGGUUACGGAGCUAUAAAGAGGGCUGUUUUGGGCAGCGUGAGUGAUUACUGUGUUCAUCACGCCCACUGCACCGUGAUGAUUGUGAAAAAGCCGAAAAUCAAACACUAAGGCUGCUUCAUCUAAUACUAAGUAGUACUACAUCUUAGUUCUUACCAUAUAAAUAAUGUGCAAUCCAAACACCACUACUGUACUGUAAUUUCAGGAGCCUCUGCGUUCCCUGAUCAUUGUUUCCAAAUUAUACUCUCAAUAGUCUGUACUCUUGUUUGAGAUGAUCUGCGCGCAUAGACGUGCCUUGUUAUACGAUGAUUUUGCUUGUGCAUCUUUGCUACA